AUGACAACUCUUCGCCCAUUCUCCGCUCUUGACGUUCUAAAAUUUAAUCCUACAAACCUCGACCCCCUAACUGAAACCUACGAUCUCAGUUUCUACUUUUCCUAUCUAGCACGAUGGCCACAUCUCUUCACCGUCGCUCUAUCUCCUUCUUCUGCGAUCACCGGUUACAUAAUGGGCAAAACGGAAUCCUCUCCACAAUCCAUGCUUCUCUCACAAUCUCCGCAUUACCUACCAUGGCACGCGCAUAUUACUGCUCUCACAGUUUCUCCCUCUGCACGUCGAUUGGGUCUUGCGAGGACUUUGUCUCAAGUUUUAGAGAAAGGAGGAGAAGAAUAUGAUGCUUGGUUUGUGGAUUUGUUUGUGAGGAAGAGUAAUAUGAUUGCUCAAGAACUUUAUAAAGGACUGGGAUAUAGUGUCUUUAGGACGGUCAAAGGAUAUUAUAACGAGUUUGUGGGGGGAGAAGAGGUGGAUGAGGGAGAGGGGGAAGAUGCGUAUGACAUGCGGAAACCGUUGAAGAGGGAUAAGAAUUUAAAACAUGUUAGAGAGAAUGGGGAGAGUUUUGUGGUUAUGCCGGAGGAUGUUUGGUAA